GUGGAAUGUCAUCCUUAUCUCAACCAGAGAAAACUGCUGGAUUUCUGCAAGUCAAAAGACAUUGUUCUCGUUGCCUACAGUGCUCUGGGGGGCCAACUAAUUAAUAAAAGGGCUGACCAGAGCAUCCCAGUUCUCUUGGAUGAUCCAGUUCUUUGUGCCAUGGCAGAAAAGCACCAGCGGACUCCCGCCCUGGUUGCCCUUCGCUACCAGCUGCAGCGUGGGCUGGUGGUCCUGGCCCAGAGUUUCAAUGAGAAGCACAUCAGGGAGAACUUGCAGGUUUUUGAAUUCCAGUUGUCUUCAGAGGACAUGAAGGUCCUAGAUGGCCUGAACAGAAAUUUUCGAUAUGUUAACAUUUUGAUGACUACCCUGAUCUAUUUUCUGAUGAAUAUUGACAUGGACGACUUCUACCAGAGCCCCUGCAUGUGGACAGUGACACAGUGGGCAUCUCAGAUGCUGGCGACUGGACAUGUCACUUCUGUUUAA